GGUUGACUGCUGUUUUAUUGUGAAGGAAGAAGGUUGACUGGUGUUUUAUUGUGAAGGAAGAAGGUUGACUGGUGUUUUAUUGUGAAGGAAGAAGGUUGACUGGUGUUUUAUUGUGAAGGAAGAAGGUUGACUGGUGUUUAAUUGUGAAGGAGUGAAGUAGAAGAAGUGCAGCCCACAUGCAAGUUGAACAGUCAGUGAUAAGAUAAAAAGGAGCAGAAGAACAUUUCUACUGUAACACUCAUGACUUGACCACAAGGUGAUGCAGGGUGAGGUGGUCCAGCGAGCCAAGGAGGUGUUCCUGAGUGGCAGAAGUCGUCCUCUCGCCUUCAGAAUGAAACAACUGGAGGCUCUGCAGAAGAUGCUGGUGGAGCGAGAAGACGAGAUCUUGGCGGCUCUCAAGCAGGACAUCCACAGGAGCCAGUACGACUCAGCACUCCUGGAGAUGAUUGGCAUAGACAACGAGAUCCGCCUGGCCAGGGACAAACUGGAGGAGUGGACCUCACCUAGACCUGUGGAGAAGAACCUUCUCACCAUGUCUGACCAGGCCUACAUCCACCUGGAACCUCUGGGCCUGGUCCUCAUCAUUGGGGCCUGGAACUAUCCAUGGGCCCUCACCCUCAUCCCCCUGGUGGGAGCCAUUGCUGCAGGUAACGCAGCAGUGGUAAAGCCGUCUGAGAUCAGUGCUUGUUCGUCUCUGCUCCUUCAAACUCUGCUUCCUCUCUACCUGGACAAGGACCUGUAUCCAGUGGUGACAGGAGGCGUGUCAGAGAGCCAAGAACUGUUGCAGCAGAGGUUUGAUCACAUCUUCUACACAGGAAGUAGUCAUGUGGGCAAAGUGGUGAUGAAGGCAGCUGCCAGACAUCUGACUCCCGUCACUCUGGAGCUGGGAGGCAAGAGUCCAUGUUUCAUCGACAAGAAGUGUCACCUCAGAGUGGCCUGCCGUCGAAUCACGUGGGGAAAGUUUGUGAACUGUGGUCAGACGUGCAUCGCUCCAGACUACAUCCUGUGUGAGCCUGCUCUGCAAACUCGUGUGGUGGAAUGCAUCCGACAGACUUUACUGGAGUUCUACGGUCCUGAUCCCAAGUCGUCCCCGGACUACGGUCGCCUGGUGAACCAAGAGCACUACACCAGGGUGCUGGGUCUGAUGGAAGGUUACGCUCCAGUACUCGGGGGGCAGACGGACGCCUCGGAGCGGUACAUCGCUCCCACGGUCCUGAAGGACGUUCCUCCUCACUCCAGGCUGAUGCAGGAGGAGAUCUUUGGUCCUCUGCUGCCCAUCGUGACCGUGAGCGGCGUGGAAGAAGCCAUCAGCUUCAUCAACGAGAGAGAAAAACCUUUGGCCCUCUACAUCUUCUCCUCAGACAAGAAGACCAUCAAGAAGAUGAUUGAAGAGACAACAAGUGGAGGAGUGACAGUGAAUGAUGUCAUGAUGCACUACACACUCAACUCUCUGCCCUUUGGGGGUGUUGGUCAGAGCGGGAUGGGCUCCUAUCAUGGCCGACACACCUUUGAUCGACUGAGUCAUCAUCGAGCGUGUUUAGUGCGCUCGCUGGCCAUGGAGAGCAUCAACUUGUCUCGUUACCCACCUCAGGAUAGCCAGCGAGCAAGCAGAGCUCGCUUGGCUCUCAAGUCGCCUUUGAUCGACUUGUCCAAGAAAACGUACGUGUGGGCUGUGAGCGCCACCAUCCUGGCUGUGGGACUGCUCGUCACUCUACUCGUCAUCCUGCUCAUUGCUGCUGGCCUCAACUGUACCUGUUGGUACUGGAGGGGCUUCUACAACUGACUCACUCACUACACACACACAUACAUACAUACAUACAUACGUACAUAUGUACAUACCUAUGUACAUAUGUACAUACGUACGAACAUACGUACGUACGUACAUACGUACAUACGUACAUACUUAUGUACAUACAUACGCAUGCACAGGAGUGAAGAAGACAGGUUACUUAGAGACUGUCAGUGGACAUAAUGCAGUCUCAAAGUGACACACAUUACAACAAUCAUUGACUUUCACUAUUUGUCUUUUUGCAGACAGACUCAGACCUUUUGUCUACAUCAUGUUCUUAAACUGAAGAAAUAAUACAUAAUAAUAAUGCAAGUGACUGUUUAAAAGGAUUUAUACUUUUAUUUCUCAUUAUUGUUUAGCAUUGUGCUGUCUUUGGAAGGUAAAUAACUGUGUUGUUCUAAAUGAAUAAAGAAACCAAAAAAUAAAA